AUGGCCUUCACCCUGUCAGAGAUUAUGGCGGCGAGGCGGCAGCAGUCGCAGGCUCAGUCACAAGCCCAGCGAGGCAACAGGACCACGGUGGAGGUGGACGAGUACAGCACCAACCCCACUCAGGCCUUCACCUUCUACAACAUCAACCAAGGACGCUUCCAGCCACCACACGUCCACAUGGUGGACCCAAUGGCCCACGACACGCCUAAGCCACCAGGCUACACCCGUUUUGUGUGCAUCUCAGAUACUCACUCUCGGACAGACAGCAUCCAAAUGCCAUAUGGAGACGUGUUCAUCCACGCCGGAGACUUCACCGAGCUUGGACUACCGUCCGAGGUCAAGAAGUUUAACGACUGGCUAGGUACCCUGCCCUACGACAUCAAGAUAGUAAUUGCCGGAAACCAUGAGUUGACCUUUGACCAAGAGUUUAUGGCUGACCUGAUCAAGCAGGACUUCUACUACUUCCCCUCUGCCUCCAAGCUGAAGCCGGAAAAUUAUGAGAAUGUCCAGUCGCUGCUCACUAACUGCAUCUACAUGCAGGAUUCUGAGGUCAGCGUAAGGGGCUUCAAGAUCUACGGCUCCCCCUGGCAGCCCUGGUAUUAUGGUUGGGGUUUCAACUUACCACGGGGUCAGGCUCUGCUGGACAAGUGGAAUCAGAUCCCUGAAAACACAGACAUCCUGGUCACACACUGCCCCCCACUGGGUUUCUUGGACUGGGUUCCGAAAAAGAUGCAGCGUGUCGGGUGCAUGGAGCUACUCAACACGGUCCAGAGGAGAGUCCAGCCCAAAUUACAUGUGUUUGGACACAUUCAUGAAGGAUAUGGCAUGAUGACAGAUGGAACCACAACAUUUGUCAAUGCCUCAGCAUGCACCGUCAACUUCCUGCCCAUGAACCCACCCAUUGUCUUUGACCUCCCCAACCCUAGGACCACAUGA